GUUCGAGGAGUGACAGCGGCAAGUCCUGGCUUCCCGGGCGGGCGGCACGGGUGAGAGCAGAUCCAGUUCAAGCCCCUUCAUACUCCCCGCCACUCCCCGCGGCUCAGAUUAGCCAAACUUUCACUCCCACCUUCACCUUCAGCUGGCUAAGGCCACCGCUCUCUGGCCAAGAGAGGGCUGCCCACUGCGGGUCUUACCCGCGCGGACUGCCAGAAACCCCGAGAGGUGUUCUCUUUUUCAGUCCCGUUUCGGGGAAGGGGGUGUGGCGGGGAAGGAUGCGAAACUCCGUUCCUCUGUUCUGCCUCUGGAGCGUCUAUUGUUGCUUUGCCGCGGGAAGCUCCACACCCCCUGGUCCGGAGGGAUGGCUGCGAGAGGAGCACCACAAAUCCGGGCAUAUACAGGUUGCUGCCAAAUCUCCUGUGAGAUUCAACCUCCGCACCUCUGGGGACUCAGACCAUGAAGGAUGCUACCUCUCCCUGGGCCACAACCAGCCCUUGGAAGACUGUGGCUUCAACAUGACAGCCAAAACCUUUUUCAUCAUUCAUGGAUGGACGAUGAGUGGCAUGUUUGAAAGUUGGCUAUACAAGCUGGUGUCAGCCCUGCAGAUAAGAGAGAAAGAAGCCAAUGUUGUCGUGGUUGACUGGCUUCCCCUGGCCCACCAGCUUUACACGGACGCGGUCAAUAACACCAGGGUGGUGGGACACAGUGUUGCAAGGAUGCUCGACUGGCUGCAGGAGAAGGAUGAUUUUUCUCUCGGGAAUGUCCACUUGAUCGGCUACAGCUUGGGAGCUCACGUGGCUGGGUAUGCUGGCAACUUCGUGAAAGGCACGGUGGGCAGAAUCACAGGUAGGAUCUGCUUCCUGCGCUCUGGGCUCACCCCCAAACUCCCUCAGCCCCCCUGCCACGCUGGCUUUUCUGAACUGGAGCGCUCCCGCAGAGGCAGCACGAGGGAGCCAUGGAGGGUUAGCUUUGGAACGAACCCAGAGGCAAGAGCAGAGGGAGGCUGGAGGCUGGGCUGGACCAAAGGGACAUCAGCCCCUAAAAACUCAAUGUGCUGGGUGACUCAGUUUGAGUUGGGGUGUCCUGAGAUGGCCAGCAAAGCUCACAAAGGCCUUUGUUCCGCUAUCUCUGCAGUUUACCAUUAUCAGAUGAAAAUCCAUAUCUUCAGCUACAAGACGAUGGGAGAAAUUGAACCCAACUUUUAUGUCACCCUUUAUGGUACCAGCGCAGACUCCCAGCUUCUGCCUUUGGAAAUAGUGGAGCAGAUCGGGCUGAACGCCACCAACACCUUCCUGGUCUACACCGAGGAGGACCUGGGAGACCUCCUGAAGAUCAAACUCACCUGGGAGGGGACAGCUCAGUCCUGGUACAACCUGUGGAAGGAGCUUCGCAGCUACCUGUCUCAGCCCCACAGCGCUGAGAGGGAACUGAGUAUCAGGCGCAUCCGGGUCAAGUCGGGGGAAACUCAGCGGAGAUUAACUUUUUGUGUGCAAGACUUAGAGAACACCAGCAUCUCCCCUGGCCAAGAGCUCUGGUUCCACAAGUGUCGAGAUGGCUGGAGAAUGAAAAAUGAAACCAGACUGAGGAAAGGCUGGUCUCAUGGUGUGAGGCAGCCGGUGCAUCCAAAGGGGGAAUUCAUCGCAGAGCCUCUGAGCCUAAACACCUGCUGAAGAGGAUGGAGACGGGCCCCCACCACUUACCCCAACCCAGAUGCUGCCGCGGUACACCAAGCACGCGGCGUGUGCCCACCUGUGUUCCAUGCCUUCCCUAUGCUAUCUCAUUUACUUUUGUCAUCAACCCCAUGACGCUGGUGGUGUUAACCCUGCAUGCUGUUGUGGACUCUGAGGCUCAGGGAAGUUGGGUCAUUCUUUCUAGGUCCCCCAGCUGGCGAUGGCAGGGCGAACAUUUGAAGUACGUUGCUUUACUCUGAAGCCUGUAGUCUUUCUUGAGCGUGGAGGUUCCGCUUGCUCAGAUGCAUCACCUCACCUUGAUCUAGGUAUCAAUUACCAAGCAGCUGCACCCAUGCUGGGGUCCCCUGGGAUUAACCGUCUGCCAGCCCUGGGGGCCAGGCUGCAUCCCCACUGCUCUGUUUCCUGCUCAGGAUCACCAGCCUGACCACAAGCUUGGCGAUCACGGGAUGCACAGCAUUCUGAAAACUGCCCGUCUAAUGACGUGGCUCAGUCUAGCGCAGGCCCAUAGAAAAUUCUGCUCUAGGGGCGCCUGGGUGGCUCAGUUGGUUGAGCGACUGCCUUCGGCUCGGGCCAUGA